CUGUGCUUUGCAGGUAUUGAAACGCCGUAUUUUGAAAGUGGACUGAAAAGAUUGAAUUACGUCAGGAAGCGUUUCUUGAGAAGAGGAAAGGCGAGAGAUCAAGAGGCACUGAUCAGCGGCUCCCUUAAAAUGCCAAGUCGGUCACAUCCAUCCAUGGAGAGACUCAGUGAGGCGAAGCCAGGUACCUCAAGCGAAUCAGAUAACGAAGAGCACUGUGAAAAAUGCAAAGGCCCUUGUAUAAAGAAGAAACUGCAACGCAGUUAUCCACAAGUUCGCACGUACAUCGGAACUUCAAAUACUGUGUGCCAUAUGUUGAAAGAAAAACGACCGAUAUGUUGCUUGCAGCUGAAUGAGGUAAUCCUACAGUCUUUACUCGUAAAUGUUCGGGUUCUAUGGCGAAAUUCUCGACUGAAGCUCGGUUUCUGA